AUGGCUGCAGAUAAAGCAGGAGAGCAAAAUACCGAAAAGCAUGAGGGAUCCACUAAUUGUUCUGGUAUCUCUGACCAAGAAAAAGAGUUGUCCAAGUCUUCUUUCCAAGCAUUUACGGCAGGGAAUUAUGAGGCAUGUCUUCAGCACCUUGGAGAACUUAAAGAAAUUAAUAAAGAUGACUACAAAAUAAUGUUGAACGUGGCAGUUGCAGAGUUUUAUAAAGGUGACCAAUGUACUACAGACACUUUGAAACAAACGCUGAACCAGUUGAGAAAUGAGGUUCAUUCAGCUGUUGAUGAGAUGGACAGUUUAGAUGAUGUGGAGAAUAGCAUGCUGUACCACAAUCAAGCUGUCAUUUUGUAUUACCUGCGCCAGCACAUGGAAGCCAUUGCCAUUGGAGAAAAACUUUACCAGUUCAUUGAACCUUUUGAGGAAAAGUUUGCCCAUGCUGUCUGUUUUUUGCUGGUGGACUUGUAUCUGUUAACGUAUCAAACUGAGAAAGCAUUACAUCUGUUGGUAGUACUGGAGAAGAUGAUUUUGCAAGGCAGCAACAACAAUAAAAAUGGUAAAAAUAACGAGCCAAACAAUAACGCCAACAAUAAGGAAGCUUCUAAUAUGAAGGCAGAAGCAGGAGCUCAACUUGAAGCUGCAAAGUCCAAAAUUCACCAGUACAAAGUAAGGGCCUACAUUCAAAUGAAGUCUCUGAAAGCAUGUAAGAGAGAAAUUAAGUCUGUCAUGAACACAUCUGGAAAUUCCACAUCAUCGCUAUUUUUGAAGAGUAAUUUUGAAUACCUCAGGGGUAACUGUAGAAAAGCUGUGAAACUACUAAACUCUUCAAAUAUAUCAGAACAUCCUGGGUUCAUGAAAACAGGGGAAUGUGUUCGAUGUAUGUUCUGGAACAAUCUUGGCUGCAUCCAUUUUGCUAUGGGAAAACACAAUUUGGGGCUGUUCUACUUUAAAAAGGCUAUUCAGGAAAAUGACAACGCCUGUGCACAGUUAACCUCAUCAAACAUAGAUCCAGGGAAGAAAUUUUCAGGCCGGCCCAUGUGUACAUUGUUGACCAACAAACGAUACGAGUUGCUCUAUAACUGCGGCAUACAGCUCUUACACAUCGGGCGACCAUUGGCAGCUUUUGAAUGUCUAAUAGAAGCUGUUCAGGUUUACCAUUCAAAUCCUCGUCUGUGGUUAAGAUUAGCAGAAUGUUGUAUAGCUGCUAAUAAGGGGACAUCUGAACAAGAAACGAAAGGCCUACCAAGCAAAAAAGGAAUAGUGCAAUCAAUAGUAGGUCAGGGUUAUCAUCGUAAGAUAAUCUUGGCCUCUCAGUCUGUUCAGAAUCUCCUUUACAAUGAUGGGGAAUCAUCUGCCAUUCCAGUAGCCAGCAUGGAGUUUGCUGCAAUAUGUUUAAGGAAUGCCUUGCUCCUUUUGCCCGAGGACCAACAGGACGUUAAUAAAGAAAAUGGUGCAAAGAAUAACAGUCAAACAGGCAACACAGAUUCGGGUGGGGAAAACAAUGAAGGAUGCAGCAAUAAAAGCCAUGAAAGUGAUAAAUUUGCUCCCGCUCCACCUUCUUCUCCUCUGAAACGACAAGAGCUUGAAAAUUUAAGGUAA